AUGCUUUAUAAAGUUGGUGAAAACCUAAAAGCGAAGGAAUAUUUUGGGAGGGCCCUUGCCAUAACAACAGAAAUUGGCGACAGAAGGGGAGAAGCAUCCUGUUACGGAAACCUAGGUACUGUGUUUAAGUCGCUUGGCCAAUACAACAAGGCUAAAGAGUAUCUCCAAAAAGCGCUUGUCAUCACAACUGAAAUUGGCGACAGAAAAGGGGAAGCAUCAUGUUAUGGAAACCUAGGUACUGUGUUUCAGUCGCUUGGACAAUACAACAAGGCUAAAAAGUAUCUCGAAAAAGCGCUUGUCAUCAAAACUGAAAUUGGCGACAGAAAAGGGGAAGCAUCAUAUUAUGGAAUACUAGGUAUUGUGUUUUAUUCGCUUAGCCAAUACGACAAGGCUAAAGAGUAUCUCCAAAAAGCGCUUGUCAUCACAACUGAAAUUGGCGACAGAGAUGGGGAGGCAACUGACUACGGAAACCUAGGUACUGUGUUUAAGUUGCUUGGCCAAUACGACAAGGCUAAAGAGUAUUACCAAAAAGCGCUUGUCAUCAAAACUGAAAUUGGCGACAGAAAAGGGGAAGCAUCAUGUUAUGGAAACCUAGGUACUGUGUUUAAGUCGCUUGGCCAAUACGAAAAGGCUAAAGAGUAUUACCAAAAAGCACUUGUCAUCAGAACUGAAAUUGGCGACAGGCAAGGGGAGGCAACUGACUACGGAAACCUAGGUAUUGUGUUUAAGUCGCUUGGCCAAUACGACAAGGCUAAAGAGUAUUACCAAAAAGCACUUGUCAUCACAACUGAAAUUGGUGACAUAAAAGGGGGAGCAUCACGUUAUGGAAACCUAGGUAAUGUGUUUCUGUCGCUUUGCCAACACGACAAGGCUAAAGAGUAUUUCCAAAAAGCGCUUGUCAUCACAACUGAAAUUGGCGACAAAAACGGGGAAGCAUCAUGUUAUGGAUACCUAGGUACUGUGUUUUAUUCGCUUGGCCAAUACAAAAAGGCUAAAGAGUAUCACCAAAAAGCGCUUGUCAUCACAACUGAAAUUGGUGACAGAAAAGGGGAAGCAUCAUGUUAUGGAAACCUAGGUACUGUGUUUCUGUCGCUUGGCCAAUACGACAAGGCUAGAGAGUAUCACCAAAAAGCGCUUGUCAUCAGAACUGAAAUUGGCGACAGAAAAGGGGAGGCAGCUGACUACGGAAACCUAGGUACUUUGUUUAAUUCGCUUGGCCAAUACGACAAGGCUAAAGAGUAUCUCCAAAAAGCGCUUGUCAUCGGAACUGAAAUUGGCGACAGAGAAGGGGAGGCAACUGACUACGGAAACCUAGGUACUGUGUUUCAGUCGCUUGGCCAAUACGACAAGGCUAAAAAGUAUCUCCAAAAAGCGCUUGUCAUCAAAACUGAA